UUCCUGUUUUCUUAUUAAUGGGAAAAGGAAAGUCAAGUCAAAGUCGUGCUCGCUUUCGAUCAAAACCCCUGCGCAGCUCCGAGUUGAGUUUUGAGAGACAUUUCUGCAGUUCCCGGAUCUGGGAUUUCUUAUUCCUCUUCUUUUGAGGCUCUGUUCCGUAAAUCUCUUUUACUGCCUGGGUAUUAGUACAAUCCUCUUGAGAUGAAAAGAAGAGAACCCACUGAUCCAGAAGAUCCGGUGUAUGGGGCGUCUUCCUCAUCGACCUCUCCACAUGUAGGUGAUCAUGAAUGCAUAACCAAAAAGCCAAAAGGAAAUGACUACGAAGUAUUCUUGAGCUUUAGGGGGGAAGACACUCGCAAGGGCUUCACCGAUCAUCUCUAUAUUGGCCUUGUCAAUGCAGGAAUUCAUGUAUUCAAAGAUGAAAAUGAGCUCUAUGGUGGUGAGGAGAUUGGUCCUAAGCUUCUCUGCAGUAUUAAGCAGUGUAAGAUCUCGAUCCCGAUUAUCUCAGAGAACUACGCUUCCAGCAGGUGGUGCCUUCGUGCUGGCUCAAAUGUUGAAGUGCAAGAGAAGCAGGGGGCAAAUGGUGUUGCCCAUAUUUUACAAAGUGGAACCCUCGCAAUUGCGACAUCUUAUAGGAAGCUUGGGAGAUGCUAUCAAUGCACAUAAAGAGAAUUUGGAUGUAAAGGUUGUGAAGGAAUGGGAAGAAGCACUCAAAGAAGUUAGUUCCUUGAAGGGAUGGGAAUCAGACAAAGUUAAUAAAGGGCAUGAAGGAGAAUUGGUUAAAAUUGUUGUCAGAAAAGUUAUGAGUGAGUUAAAAAUUCAGCUAACUAUUCCCGAACAGUUGGUGGGAAUUGAUGAUCGUGUGCAACAGGUAAUGAGCUUAAUAAAUGCUAAAUUCUCUGAUACAAGGAUUAUCGGAAUUUAUGGAUUCGGCGGUAUCGGUAAGACAACUCUUGCAAAGGUGUUAUACAACAAACUCUCCGGUCAUUUUGAGUAUCUUAGCUUUGUGGCGGAUAUUCGAGAAACAUCUCGGCACAAGGGUAUUGAAUGCCUACAAAAGCAUCUCAUUUACGAUAUACUAAAAUAUCCACAUGAUGUGUCUAAUGUUGACGACGGAAUUGGUGUCAUCAAAUCUCGAUUUACAAGUAAGAAAGUCCUUAUUCUUCUUGAUGAUAUUGAUGACAAGAAUCGAGUUGAAUGCUUUGGACGGAAAUGGUAG